GGAUAGGAAGGGACGGGAAGGCUCUGCUUGGCUGGCUUGGCUGGCUGGGUUGGCGUCGGUGUCCAGCCGGUGCCUUGGACCGCGGCGAUGUCGGGCUCGGAGCAGCGCUCAGCGGCGGGCCAUGUCCAGCUGGAUAGCAGACCUAUAUUACCCACCACAGAUGGAAAUGAGAACAUCACAGAAGUAGAUGCAUUCAAUAUAAGCAGACAAUCACUUGAUCCUGCAGUGGAAUACAAAAUGAACCAUCAAAGAAGAGGAAUUGCACUAAUCUUCAAUCAUGAGCGCUUUAAUUGGCGUUUAAUGCUGAAAGACAGACGUGGGACUAUGGAGGACAGCAACAAUCUGAAACGCAGUUUGACAGACCUUGGGUUUGAAGUCAGACUUUUUCAUGAUCUGAAUGCAGCAGAUGUGCGGCAGAAAAUUGAUGAAGCCUCUAUGGAUGACCACAGCAAUGCUGACUGCUUUGUGUGUGUGUUCCUGAGUCACGGUGUGGAUGAUCACAUUUAUGCAUUUGAUGACAAAAUCAAAAUUCAGACAAUCACAGACAUGUUCAGAGGAGACAAGUGCCAGAGUUUGGUAGGAAAACCAAAGAUAUUUAUCAUUCAGGCCUGUCGAGGUGAUAGACAUGAUGAUGCAGUCAUUGCUCACGAUGCAACAGACAGCAGCAGUGAAUCCCCUGUCAGUAAGACUGAAGUGGAUGCAGCUGGUGUCUAUACUCUGCCUGCUGGUGCGGACUUUAUCAUGUGCUACUCUGUAGCGCAAGGCUACUAUUCUCAUCGUGACACUGUAUUUGGCUCCUGGUACAUCCAAGAUUUGUGUGAGACCCUUAGGAAGCACGGAUCUUCCUUGGAGUUCAUAGAACUUCUUACUCUUGUUAACAGGAAAGUAUCGUAUCGCAAAGUGCACGUGUACAACAACACUAAUGUUGAAGAGAAAAAACAGAUUCCUUGUUUUGCUUCAAUGUUAACUAAAAAAUUGUAUUUUCAUCCAAAAUCUAAGUAGAUUAUUUAGAAGUGAUGACCAGUACUAUUACUUGCUGCAGAAGUAAAGAAUACCAUCUUAGUUGAGGAGACUUAAUAUUCUACAAGAUUGUCUGCAAAAUCACUGGGAUGAUCGAACAUUACAGUUUGUAUACCUAAUAGUUUCUAAAAUCUUAAAGCAGUUUUAGCUAGAAUUAAACCAGGAAAUUAAUCUCAGGGAAUCUGGGAAAACUUGACUGGUGCCAAACUAUUAGAAGGUGCUCAGAUUUUAUUGAAAUUGAUGCUCCAGACCACUUUUUUUCUUAAAAGUUUCUUGCUUGAUUGCCAUCUAACUAUGGCGCAUUUUACUAUUUCCAAAACAUUUCUAAUAUUCCAUUAGAUUAACUUAUCUUGCUCCCAAGAGCACAGUUUACAGGGAACAUAGUGUGUUGGGCAUCUUUUAAAAUUUGUGGGCAGCAGAAUCCACAACUUUUGUAGCGUUAUGGGGCUUUUUGGGCAUUUAAAAAUUUUCUUGCAACACUAAAAAGGAACUUAAUUCCUUGAGUACAAUUGAAGCAUUAAUAUAGGAUUAAUCAAAUAGGGUUGAUUAAUAAAGCUUGUUCCUUUUGCUUGAAUGUAAUUUAUGUUUGGGGCACAAUUACAGCUUGCUGGUGCUUUGCAUCCUCAGGAGAAAACAGCAGUAGUGAGACGAGACCAUGUGCAGCUUGCUCAGGGUGAGCUUGCCUUGUCCGUAUCUCUAAAGCUAAAGCUGCUGGACAUCUCUGGGCAGCUCUACAAAAUAUAACAUAUGCAAACCUCCAUACUUCAGGCCUUUGAGUUGGAUCAGAUCUCCUCUUGGCCCUGGAGGAAUCAGCCAUACCUCUGUCAUUGUGUACAUAGAAGUGAUGGUGCAUGGUCACCACAGGAUUGUUACUGCUGCAGCAUCAGUAAUUCCAGUGGUGCUGACUUGAAGCAAAUACUUCUUUCAUUUGUUUUUUGGUUUUGUUUUUUUUUUUUCCUUUACAUUAUCAGCUGUUCCUCUGAGGGACAACACAGAACUCAAACUGAGCAAAGUGUCUUAAUCCACUUUCCUGGGGGGAAAAAACUUGGUUUACUGUCUCUGCUUUAGUUAAGUCUUUCCAUAUACUAUGUUCUGAGCCAUAAAUGUUGUAUUUUACUACACCUAUUUUUAAAUUUUGUAUAAAUCAUGUAUGUUUGAAUAUUUUGAUAAAUUCUUUCAAUAAAAUGCAACAGUGAACAGAAAUGAUUUGAUAGCACGAUUGAGAUACCUUACUUUUCCAGCACUAUUUACUAUGAAAGCUUAAUUGUCAUGCUAAUCUAAACUUACCUGUGGUGUUAUGUAGAGUCCAUGCACAGACCAGGGAAAAGGAAGCAGUAAUUGCAGGAAAAGAAUCCUUACUACUCCAUGCAGAAUUUAAUUAUCCUAUGAGCUACUGUUGUGUUAUAUAGUAAAUGGUACUAAAAAGGCUAUUCUUGUUUGUUCUAUC